UGGCGCCGGCGCGGGUGUGUGUAGUGUUUUUGAUUGUUCUGCUCACAGAACAGUGUUUGUAAAAAUAAUCGACGUUGCAACAUUUUGCAACUCUGAAUGUGGCGUCGCGGUGUUUUCGCGAGAGGAAGCGGUUUGUUGAACUGGUCUUUAUCGGUGGAGUACAUGAGCUGGUGGCUGCCAUGAGCCAGUUACGAAGCGUAAACAACAACCGUGCUACCAUUUAGUGUUUUUUGUUUUAACUUGGAAUUUCUUGUGCUGUACUUUUUUCCCUUUGUUAGAGCCGUUUUGUAGACGUAAGCGAACGUCGCGAUACAGUAAUGAACUGAGAGGGUAUGUAAUCAAUAAUCACUCGCGAUGAAAUCUGCUUUCAAAGAAAGACAAUUGUCAGAGUGUGCUUCUGGCGGUGGUGCCCAGCAAAGGCCAAAGCGGAAUGCAUCAACGAAAAAUUUGGGCACAACCAAUGGGUUACAUUGGAUGGAAGAGAAGGACCUGAAGAAAGCAUUGUAUGCUUCCCUGAAUGAAACCAAGAAGGCACGAUCUGUGGACGAGAAUGCUUCGGAAGACAGCCAGGAACAGAGCAUAAAAACAAUGUCUAAUUCCUCCACAUCAAGUAAAACCAUGAACGACGCAGACACCAAGAGGGUGCGAGUUCACGCUCAACGGAAGUUUGCUCAAGGUUCGAAUCCUAGCAGUCCAAUGCCUACUCCGGUUAAACUAAUGUCAGGUGCUGGGCGGGAAACCCGAGAAUCUGUGGGAACACCGUCAGAUUUUUUACCCCGAGGACGGAGGCCUAAAACAGAAGACUUCCUAACAUUCCUGUGCUUACGAGGAACACCAGUACUCCCUCCUACUCUUGACUUCAUGGGAGUGGCUCGCAAUUGCUCAGGUUCUGAGCGCAGCAGCAGUUCAGACACUGAGGCAGCAUGGAACUCCAUGGACUCCAGGGACAGAGAAAGAGGCAAUGGACACAGCAGUUCUGUAGCCAGCUCUGCUACCUCAGUUGACUCAAAAUCAGCAGCUCAGAAAGUGAACAAGCAGAGGCUACCUAUGCGACCAUUGGCCGAUAGAGGAGAGGACAAUCGACGAUCUUCAUCUGAUAACCGCAGUGCUAGAAGUACUUCGAGGCCUAAGCCUUCGCAGGACAGGAAAAAAGCAGCAGGAAAGCUGCCGGAGAUGUGCAGUAGGGAAAAUGUGCCCGCCUCAAAAUUUCAAAGGCCCCAGUCUGCAGCACAUGCCAUCCGUGAAAAGUACAAGCACCAGAGGCUUGUGAAAACAAGAAGUGAUAAGGUUGCCAUACACUCCGGACGUAGAGAAUUGCGGUCGCGCACAAUAAUAGAUACUACGAAAAGCUUGCCGCAGGAGAAAAGGCGACAGCAGGGUCAUACAAGGACGGAUGCUGCAAAACACAAGGCAUCGCUUUCAAAGGAUCUGCCGGAUCUCAAAAGCAGAGGCAGCCUACACAGUGAACUGUGUGUUCAAUUGACAAGGCUGUCGCCUCGGUCGGUGGCCUCAAUGGGUUUACGGAAUGUCACAUCAUCUCGGUGGAAAGGGAAGGCUGUGGGUAUUACCCCGCAUUUGCGUAAGGCGAAGCUUGUUCCCCCCAUUGUUGACUACGAUUCUGAAAGUGAGAGAGAAUCCUCUCCACUUUCAACAAGGAUGUCACCAAGAUUGUCAUCGCGAGAACUGAAGAAGCCAGCAGACGUCAUGGUGAGGCGGAGAUUGAGAAGUGUGGUGGGCGUUGAUGGUGGUGCAAAAAAAACGGUUGCUAGGUCAACAGCCAUUAGGGCGUGCACAACGAGAAUUGUUGCUAAAAAGUUGUUAAGCACUGCAAAGUUGAGGACUUCUUGUGGUAGUCAUAAAGUUCCCAUGAAACUUCCUGUCUUUAGGCGAAAGACACGAAGCUUGGGGCCAGUAAAGGACCAUCCGUUAGUACUGCCCGUGCCAACAAAGCGACGCUUUUCACACAUAGCAAAGAAGGCUCAAAAGGAGGAAAAAGUGACUGCCAAGAGAAGUAGUGAUGGAAUCUCAAAGCUUAAGGGAGCAGAAUCAUCUCCAUCUCGAAGAACUGCAGCAACAAGGAGAGAACACCACAGCUGCAAGAUGUCCACACGAGGCAAGGCAUUGGAUGAUCACUGUUUGAAGCCAAAGGGAGUUCUGACAAGGAGACAGUCUGAGACUGCAGCUGACAGUCUGAGCAGAGAGGUUGUAGCGAAAAGGCAGACUCGCAGAAUGUCACAGGAUGCUGCCAAUAAUGGAACUGUGAAGAAAGUACUGAAGCAGGGUGUUCCUGACACCAAGUCUGCAGCAAGAACGGGUGUGAGAAAUAAGAAUCAGAGGCUUCUGCAGACAAUAAACAAAAGCAAAGAAGAGCAGUUAAAAACGGAUGCUGUACUGAGCUUUUCAGAUAGUGAUGAUGAGCCAUUGAUAAAGAAAAUAAAAACUGUUCAGACAUCUGAAACUGUUAAAACGGUCAGUAGGACUCCUGUGUGUCAAUCUCAGGAGGUAUUAUUAUCCCCUGUCAAGCAGGAACCUAUAGAACCCAAAUGUGAUAUCAAGUCAUCUAAACUAAGAUCCACUAGGUCUAGUCGUGGUAGGGAUGCAGCAAGCGAAAGAUCCGAGGGACAGAGACGGAGGAAAACGUCUGUUGAUGUUUCAAUAUACAACCGAUUUUCUGAACCGUCUCCGUCUCUAUCGGAGAAGAUAGCAGAUGCUGCGGGUGACCCUCUUGACCCUCCUGCAGACUUGGAUGACUUGACGUCCAUGUCUGAUGGUGUCGAAGCUCUUGAUGCUCUGGCAGGCGAAAUGUCUGAAGUGAUGUCCGGAAGGCUUAGUUUUGGAAGUGCUCAAGAAAUUCAGAGUCUAAUGACAAGUGAGUUUUCGGGAGGAUUUGAUGAUGCUGUUACAGGAACGAUGCUCCUGGGCUCGCGUGAUGGAACUGGCGCCUCUCUUGAAACUGGCCUAAACCUAAUCAAACGGGAAGAUGGACCAAGCAAAGCAGACGCGAUGACAAACACAAGCGAGGAUGACAUUAAUUUCUUGUGUGGUCCAUUUGGGCCAUACAGUCCAUUGCUGCCUGAAGAAGUCUCGGUUGGAACUCAGACGGUGACACCACCUCUGUCACAGAAAUCAAAACCAUCUGGGAAGGUACCUGUUCCUGGGGUAGAACAACCCAAGCAGAAACCAGCAGUAAGAACACAGAAAGACAAAGAAAUGCAGAAAAGAAGACUGGAUUUGAUAGAAGAGUUGAAAAAGCUAAAAUUAACAUUGUCUGACAGAAAAACGUUCCCAAGGGACGACGAACCAGCGAGUCUAGUAGUUGCACCGACAUACAGGCCGUCACUUGAAGAGUUCAAGGAUCCUGUAGAGUACAUCAGCAAAAUAAAAGAAGAGGCUGAAAAAUUUGGAAUCUGCAAAAUUGUCCCUCCUGCUGGAUUUAAGCCUGAGUGCAAAGCCAUGGAUGACAUGCGGUUCACAGCACACAAUCAGUAUAUUCAUAGGGUGCUUUCACGGUGGGGACCUAACGUGCAGCAUACUGAGUGCAUUAAAAGAUGUUUUAGAAACCAAGGGAUCACAGAUGAUAGUCCGCCACUGAUUGGAGGCAUUGAACUGGACUUGUCUCAUCUGUACCACACAGUGCAGAGCUUUGGUGGCAUUCAACAAGUCAUAGAAAAAAAGAAGUGGCAAAGGGUAGCUGAUGCCAUGCACAUUCCUCGGGCUGCACAAGACCGUGUCUCCAAAGUGGAUGAUGCCUACUGCAAGUAUGUACUUCCCUAUGACCUCCUCUCUAUGGAAGAAAAAGAGCGUAUCGAAGCAGAAGUACUGGCAGACUACGAGAAGCAGUUGAACAGGGAGAAUGCCUCAGAUCAGCAAGCGGAUGACGACGACGAUGAUGAAUUCACCAAUGAAUGUGUUACCAAGGGCCGAUCCAUGUCUUUGAGUGUGUUUUCGCGAAUAGCGAGGAACACAAUGUCCAUGUGGUACAAGCAGGCUCCUUCACCUGAAGAGGUAGAGAAAGACUACUGGAACUUGGUAACUGAACAGAAGAGACAUGUUGUCAGCCAUGCUGGGAACAUUGACAGCAGUGUACAUGGCAGUGGCUUUCCAACAAAUCGGCUCAUGCCCUUUUCAAAACACCCAUGGAAUUUGAAAGUAUUCACAAAUAACCUUGGCACUAUUCUUCGAUGCAUGGGACAAGUCUCAGGUGUGACAAUACCUACUCUCCACCUAAGCAUGCUAUUCACAACUGGAUGUUGGUACCGUGAUCCACACUGUCUGCCCUGGAUUGAGUACCUUCACAGCGGAGCCAACAAAAUAUGGUACAGCGUACCAGCACAGAGCAGUGAAAGAUUUCAUUCAGCCAUGACAGACAUUAUGCCAGAAGUAUGCAAGGACACUGUGAUUUGGUUGCCAUCAGAUUGUGCAAUGGUUCCUCCACCAAUGCUGGUAGGCAGUGGGUGUCCUCUGAGCCGAACCAUUCAGCAGAAAGGCGAAUUUGUGAUAAUCUUCCCUGGAGCAUACACGUCUACUAUUGCAUGUGGUUUCUCUGUGUCAGAGUCAGUUUACUUUGCUACUAGGGAAUGGCUUCUCACUGCCUCUGAGCAUUUUCAGCACAUUAAGGAAAGUUGUGAGCCCCCCACAUUUUCCUUAGAGAAGUUGCUUCUUGGAAUCGCUACAGAUCUGAAGGAGACUCUGGAAACUUGUGAGAGAAUCCUACCACUUUUGAAGAGAUUGUGUGAGAAUGAGAAAAAGUACCGUGCACAGCUGACGCUGAUGGGUCUGAAAGCCUUUGAGAGACUUCCUCACGUGGAGGUUCAAGAGAAGAAAAAGCCCAAAAGACGACCAUACAUGGACGAGGAUGACAGGGAAUGCGAAGUCUGCCGUACCAGAUGCUAUGUGUCAAUGGUUGUGAAUAGUCAAGAUGACACAUUCUACUGUCUGGAGCAUGCAGUGCAGCAGUUACAGGGAAAGAAUCCAAAAUCCUGGACUCUAGUGUACAGCUAUGACAUGGAUGAGCUUCGAUCCAUUUACCAGAAGCUUGAGAACCACAUCAAGCAGGAAUUGGAGAACAGUAGCAAAACAGAUGUGAACAGCAAGAAGAAAUCUACAAAAAAGAAGUAGAUAAAAAAAAGGCACAAAACUUUAUAGCUACAUUGUGUGUACCUGCAGCUUCAAAGACAGAAGGUAUGAAAUCUUGUAAAAUAACUGUGCAUUGCCUCACACACAUAUCUUAAGUUAUCCACCUCAACUAUGCAUUACCACAUAAUGUAUGACUGUAGUGCUGCACAUGAAAGGAGAUAAGAUACUCUGGCGGGAUGAAGGAAGGGCCCGUCCUGGUCCCACAACCAAGGUUUACUAGUGCUACUUUAGCUUUUAAGCUUUCGUUAAGUUACAGGUAAAGUACAAGUCAAGGAUAUGCUGUCAGAUCUCCAGCUAUGAUAUCAUGCAGCCUGAGCGACACAUCUCUAUAUAUAGUUUAGUCUCUUUAAUGAUUACUGUCAGUGGUAGGUCAUUAUUUUAGAUGGUUGUACUUUUAUCUUUAUUGAUGUGAUGCCAUUUUCUAUGAGAAACGAAAAUAGCGAGGUGUCAAGCGUCGUGCAUUUUUUGAGUGGAAGCGUAUUAGAAAAUAAGUGAGCGUAUGUGGUGCUUGUAGUCAUUACAAAACUUGUGAUGUCUUUUCUACAAACUUAUCAUAAUUUGAUAAUUAUGGUCUGGAACCUUUAUCUUGUUAACAUUUGUUUACCUUUAGAAAGUGAGAAAAUUGUCAUUUUCAGUGUUUACAUUAGACAUGAACUUUUGUAAAUGUCCUUGCUACAAGCAUGGACCUUGCUCAGUUUUACGAGCUUAUACAAACAUUCAUAUACUACCUAGUGUUAAUAAUUUGUAUAUACUGGUGGUCAAGGAUGUAUCUGCAAAUCGGCAUGGACAUACAUAUACACAUCUUUUAUUCUGUUUUCUUGUAGUCACUUUGUUUUGUUGUGUGUAGCCUGUGUGGUAUAAGCAAGAUACACUGUCGCAACGUAAUCUUUUAAUGUUUCAUACUGCACCAUCUUACCACUUAUCACAGCUCAUAUUGCACAAACUUUGUAUACUAUGUGCCAUUACAGCGGUUGGAGUUUCAUGCGUGUUGUAGUUGAUAAAGGCACCAAUUGCUUUGAUUAGACUAAAAAUCCAACUAUAUAGUGUAAUGUCCUCUCCAAUAUGAACUGAAACAGUGUUAGUGUGACCUUGCUAUGGUAAAUCUCUCAGACUACUGGUGAGAGCAAAUACUUCAACCUGGGGGAAUUUUGUUUUCCUUUCUCAAGAUUGUGUGGAACAUAUCCUGCCGGUCUACCUUUAUGCUGCAGACAUCAUGUUAUCAUAAAUUGCACAGAUUUUCAAUGUGCAGUUUUUAUAAUUGACUACUCUGUUUUUCAUUUGUCUGUCAUAGAAAGUAAGUUAGAAACUUACUAUUAAGUUUUUGAAAUAAUGAUUUGUAAAGAGAACACGUCUCCCGUGAUGUUAAUUUUCUGUAGUUUUGAGCUGACACAAGCAAUCCAUGACAGUGCCGUGUAGUAUGCUAAUUGCAGUAGACUUUCCAAGCUCAACGCACAUCCUCAUACACCUGUAAAACAAGCUCUUAGUUUUGUUAUUAGUUGUGCCUGCCGUUCUUUUGACAUUUACUGGAACGAGGUCAUGUUAAACAUCAUUUCAGUUCAUGCCGGAGUGCACAGGAUGCACAUAUUUUCAAUCUAUGGCAGGCUUGCUGUGUGUUUUAUGAGGUAGCUUUAAUGUCAUGUAACAGUGCUCAUGUAAGAUCCUGUACCCAUGGUUGCUUCCUGUUACAUGGAAACUACUCUAAAUCAUCUGAAUUACCAGGUAAAUGUUUUUGACCCAAGGAAUGGGAAAAAAGUAUAAAAAAAUAAAUGAAGAAUAGGCCUUGCUUCUUUGCUUGAAUGUGUAAAGUGGUAAACUGUAUUUGCAUCAAUGGAGACUGAAAGGCUGGGUUACUUGCAUGAUGACUGUCUGUUUGGAACUGUUGUGGAUGAUGUAGCUGAUAAUCACAAUUGAAAGAAAAGAAAAAAAAGAAAAGAAAGUAUGUCUGCAGUAAGGUUGCAAACAAGAGACCUUUGCACUCAAAAUGACCUUGUUAUUGGCUUUGCUUAUGUCACAGUGAAGCAGGGCUAUGUAUUAGUAUUGUGUUAGCAUAGUCAUCUUUUGGCAGUUCAUACAAGCUACAGCAAGCAUGGCACUGAAUGCUUUUAUUUUCGUGUCUUUUCACAUAAGUAGGCUUUACUUUAUAGUUGCCCACUUGUGACAUAUAAAGAUUAUAUGCCAUAAAUGUCUGUUUUAGUUUGUUUGUGCUGGCUUUGAUCUCUGUGUCCCAUAAAUUGUGCAUACAACACCCCUUACAGUGUCAGAGAGCUGUUGAAUACAAGAACAUGUUUUCUGUCUAUGUAUGCUUGCAUAUAACGUAUGCCUACGUAAUCAGUUGCAUGUAUCAGAUAUUUAUCGAUAGUACACCUUCAAGUAAUAUGGGCUGUUCAUGUUAACUAGUUUACUUACUGUGGGGAUCGCUUGGAACUGUUUUCCCAAAGUGCAUUUAAAAAGGUGCUAAAAGACAUAUAGCUGCGAAUGCGAAUGAAUCAGGGUAAUCACAUUUCUGCAUUAUUGGUAGAAAAAUGUGAUAAUCUCUUUGUGUAACUGCAUGUGAUACAACAUUGUCGGGGGACAUUAUACGAAGCUUGUUGAAUGUUCUCAAAUGUUGAUCACAAAGUCAUGAUACUGUUUGAAUCCUCACUCUAGUAACUUUACAAGUGCAUGCAUAGCACUUCAUGUAAGCAGGCAUCAAACAAAAGUGUUAGCGAAAGGUUGAGUUACUGCAAUCAAUGUCCGUGCAGUUUGUCUGUCAAAUACACCGAGACGUGUCUCAUA